GUCUGGCAGACUUCUGCACUGCUGUCAGGACAGUACUCUGAGUUCCAAGAUGUCUCUCCCGGCCGCAAACAGAUUCCACGAAGCGGUGCAUGCUGGAAGCAUUGUCCUUGCAUUCCUCACUCAGGUGGUCUCGGAGGUCUUCUUCAGUCUGUCAAAAGUUCCCAAUGCUCUGUUUCAGGGAUCAUUCAGAAAUGUGUCUGAGACUUUCCCCUUGGAGGUGACUAUGGACCAGUGGUCAGACAAUAACUGGAUUGUUAUUGACUUGUGGUCUAAGGCUUGGCUUACUUAUGGCAUGUUUGGCUUCUUUAAACGUAAUGUACUCGGUCCCGAGUCCUGCAAUCCAGAAGUACACCCUCCAGUAUUCUACCUGAUGUGGAUCACAAUUAAUUUAGCAAGAACAAGCAUCACGGUUCUCUGGGAUAGAGAGUUCAUACUUGCAGCUGCGUCGGUCAGAUGGAUUUUGCCCAUCUACAGCUUCUAUAUGCUGUACAUGUCCUACUCCAAACUCUACAAGUACAAAAACUGGCUGGCUGUCAACAACCCCAAACUGAUCUUGUGGACACGCUACCUGACCCAGAACGGCUUGGCUGCGUUUGCCUGGUGGUCUCUCUUCGAUGCUUCGGUGGGCCUUGGAAUAUCGCUCAAGUACAUCCAUGGCGUGCAGGAACCAUUGGCCAGCAGCAUUGUCCUCUCCAUUAUCGCCAUCUGCAUUAUUAUCUGGUUUGGCCUGCAGAGCAUCUUGGUGUCUAAGUACAUGCGCCACACAUUCAGCGUCUAUCCGACUCUCAUCCUGGGCCUGGGCUCAAUGUUCACCAGCAGCUAUCGAGUCCAUGACUUCUCUGCAAACACAGUCGUCUGUGGUGUCCUGAUGAUCCUGGUUACCAUCAUGAGCUUCACCAAUUUGAUCUCUGUAUGCAUGUAUACGGAGAAGCCAAGCACCUCUCUUGUAGUGGAGCCCUACAUGAAUAUCACCGUCUGUGAGACCGUGUGUCCACCGGGAGGACAAAUCAAAAACAAAGUUCAGUGCUAAUAUCACUACUGAAGAAAAGGAAACACUCCUUGGGUGAUGACUGUUCAAUUUACAACCAUCAUUCAUUCCUGACUAUUGGAUGAACUGAACCGUUCCAACUCAAAAUUUGAAAGUAUGCACUUCAUCUUAGUCACCAGCAGGUGGCAGUAUCGAUUUAUUUGACAGGGAGAUUGCUAAAUGGCAACGACAUCUAUGUUGUACCAGGAGAUGGCAGAGUGGGGCAAGUUUUUAAGCUUUCACUGCCUCAUAUAUAUAUAUAUAUAUGAGUACAAAUAAUUGAAAGCAUUAUAAAAAAUAAAAUAGAAUUAACUGGUGUGGCUCACACUGUUUUGAGAUUUUUUAAGGCUUAAAACAAUAACUCUGUUUUCGUGUUAAACCCUAAAUAUAUAGUAUUUUAUCAUAAAGACAUUUUCUGAGUCUGUGUGUGUUAGAUAACAAUUAAAUAUUCAAAAGUAGAGAAUUAAUUAAAAAAAGUCUUCCUUUCUGAAUUUAUGUCGCUGUGUGUCAGAGAUAAUUGCGCAUGAACAAGUUUAUGAGAGCUCUUUUUCCUGCAUGCAUCUUCAAAGAUGGAAAAUCAAACAUGCACACUGGCUGUGGGCAAGAGCAGCGUGACCUUUGAUGAGGACAGAGUCGUUCUGAACAGAGUAUCAUAGGAAAGUCAUAUAAAGAAGAGACAAUAAUGAGCCAUUGAAUGUGGAUGAAUGAAUUAUUAUUAUGUUUUCCUAGUGAUAUAAAUAAAGACAUUUUAUGCAUGAUUGCCAUUCUUAUUAUUACCAAAGUCUCACAUGUACAAAGCAGAAACUCUGUGUCCUUCAGAUGUUCUCUUGAUUAUGUAGAUUAAAAAUGUAUCUUUU